UAAACGGCUAUCAUCCCGAGAAGCGGUCGGAUCCCAAAACGGGUCGCCACCCCUUUCUGCGAUCAGCAGAAAAAUCAGGUUCCUUACCGAGCGCAGGCUUCCAAAGCCUGGACGACGCGAUAGCAAUGGACGAGACAGCAGGAAGUCUUACUCUCAUUCAACUAUGUCUGUUCCCUAGGCGUAACAUGUCUUUCGCGCCGCAUGUUUGGAAAACCCUACUUCCUCUUCGAUUCUUCGAUGUAUGCUUCAAGACGGAGUUUGUUACUCUGUCAGAAGAAGAUUUACCUGCACAGUUCGGCGUGCCUAAGGUCACAUUACCGAUGCUGCUUAUCAAUUCGAAAGAUCAUGGACUCUUACGACAUUGCUCAAUACUUAGAGAAGAUGUUCUCGUCCGCAACGAAAUCAAUCUACGCACCUGGAGGUAAUGGCGCCGCGGAAGAUGACAUUGCUGGACGCGCUUACGCGCGUUUCACCGAACAAUGGUUUGAUAAAUGCAUAGCUCACGAAAUCAGGCCUUGUGCUCUCCACAAUAGCUAUAGUCAAUUUCCCGUAGACGAUGAUAUCGCGGACGUGAAAAGCAGGCAACACUUCCUGGAAAAGUUUGGUCAAGCUAAGCUGGACGAGUUAAUUGCCCAAAACGCGAACACGACUUGGAAAAAGGAACAGUACGCCCGGGCGAGGAAGCCGUAAGAAAUUUUGAAUUCCAGAACAAGACUGACUUUGGACGUGCAGACUAGGAGUUUUCGACCUGCUUCCACGAGAACGGCGUGAACGCGGAGAACCUGAGAAGUUCAUUGCAGGAACCAAGCCAACACACGCAGACUUCUGG